AUGGUUCGUGGUUUUGCUUCGCCGCCGCCAACAGAAACCAGGUGGAAGCUUUCUUCCUCCCUCCCUCACUCCUCGUCGACGCUGACGCCGACCGCCACCUUUUCUCCUCCCACCCCCAACCUCAUGCACACCUCCACUCUGCUGCCUCCUUUCCUUCCUCCUGUCUUCUCGACGCGGACGCUGCCAGGGAGAGACCAGCGACAUCGUCGGUCACACACAAAGCCGCUACCUCCUCCUUCGUCGUCGGCAAGGUCACCUCUCACGAAAGGGGGGCUGAGGCUUGAGUCUUCUCCGCCGCCUCCACAGCGCGAGAGAUGCACGCCGCCACCUUCAUCCGACGUCGCCUCCCCGGAGGUGCUCGCAACCACCUCACCGGAGGCUCAUACGCCGCUCUUGUCUCUCUCGCACAGCCGCCUCCGGCCACCAUCGUCAAGGGUGUGCGCGGCUGCCACCUUCUCUCCUUGUUCACAUGCGGUAGCACCCUUCGCACCGACGGACGCCACAAGCUGCAGUCGGGUCCCCCCGUCGUAG